ACAAGAAAUUGUGCCACUGUCUACGGACAUUAAAUGCGGAGAUGUUUUCCCACAUCCCUGUGAAGAAUCCAGGUAUCGAACUUUAAAUGGUUCCUGCAAUAAUUUGUUGCAUCCCACCUGGGGAAUGCCAGGAACAAGAAAUUUACGCAUGCUUCCUGCAGAUUAUGCUGACGGAAUUAGUGCUCCUAGAUUGUCCAAAAGUGGAAAAGCAUUGCCACUUCCCAGAACUCUCAGCAUUGAAUUAAGCCCCAAUGCCGAAAUUUUCGAUAAAAAGUUUACUUUAGCGGCAAUGGAACAAGGCCAAAUUGUUGCACAUGACAUAACAUUGGUACAUGCUCCUACUAGAACAUCGGAAAAUCAGUGCUGCUCAAAGCAAGGAAAACUAGAUAAAGAUUAUUUAAACAAAUCUUUGUGCUAUCCGCUUAUUAUACCCAAAGAUGAUCCAGGUUACAAAGACAGUGGAGUUGAGUGUCUUAAUCCAUUCUUUCGUACUAUAACUGACUUGCAAAACAAUUGUUCUACACGAGGAAAAGCUGCGACACAGCUGGCAAUUGUCACACAUGUGGCAGAUUUGUCUUUAGUUUAUGGAUCUGAAGAUAACGUUACAAAUACAUUACGAGAAAAGAAAGGUGGUCGAUUAGUAGUUGAAACACGAAACAAUCACGACUGGCCACCGACCGUAAAAGAGAUGUACAAUCUGUGCAAUGGAACAGCACACAUUUGUUACAGAGCUGGUGACUCGAGAAUAAAUCAAAAUCCGCAAUUAGUAGUUCUGCAAAUAAUGCUGCUUAGAGAUCACAAUCGAAUCGCUGACUUCUUGACUAAACUAAAUCCCCAUUGGUCCGAUGAAAAAACUUUUGAAGAAACAAGAAGAAUUCUUAUUGCUAAACAUCAAAGCAUUACAUAUGAUGAGUGGUUGCCUACAAUUUUAGGUCGCGAGAAUUGUUAUAAGAACAAACUCAUUUAUAAAACAAAAGAUUAUGUGAACGACUAUGAUCCUUCAGUAGAUCCCAGCAUUUUCAAUGAAUUUACAGCUGCAGCCUUUCGCUCCCUACAUACACUAAUUGCUGGAAAUCUUAAACUCGCUAAGGAGAAUCGAGAGUUUUCUAAUUCUUCCUUAAAAUUAGGCCGCCUCUUAUUUAUUCCAACUGAUGUCGAGAAAGGCGAAAAUUUUGAUGAUAUGGCGAGAGGAUUAUUUACUCAGCCUCAAGAACGAGCUGAUAAGUACUACAAUAAAGAAAUAACUCUUUUUUUGGGCAGAAUAACAGAUAAGCUGGGAAUGGAUCUUCGAGCCUUUGAUAUUCAAAGAGGUCGAGACCACGGUCUUCGACCUUACGUUGAUUAUCGUACUUACUGCGGACUUCCAAAAGUUUUAAAAUGGGAUGACUUUCUAGAUUUAAUUUCUUUUGAGGAUGUUAAAAAAUUGUCCAAACUAUAUGAGACUCCAGCUGAUGUAGAUUUAGCAGUAGGAGCGAGUUUAGAAAAAAAUAUGCCACAUUCUUUGGUUGGGCCAACCUUUCACUGUAUUUUGACUCAACAAUUUCUCAGAACAAGAAUAGGUGAUCGCUUCUGGUAUGAAAAUGGAAAAUGUGGAACACCUUUCACUCUUAAGCAAUUGAAGGAAAUUCGAAAAGCGAGAAUCUCUAGAAUAAUUUGUGACAACGGUAAUGAUAUAAAAUCAAUUCAGCUGAGAGGAUUUGAGCAAGUUUCUGAAAAGAAUCCACUGCUUAAAUGUGAAGAUAUUCCCUCGAUCGAUUUAUCAUUUUGGAAGGAAAAUACACCCGAGCAAUAACAGAAAUAAAGACUAUAUGAUAUUUUUAUCGUCAAUAGUUUAGCUUGAUAAGAACUGCCGAUUAUAAUUCGCAGAAGCAUUUUUAAAUUUUAAUUUAGUUGUUACAAGAGCAUAAAGUCGUGUUGAAAGUUUUAAUUUAGGAUUAUAAAACUAUUUAGAUAUUUUUUUCUUCAAUGGGGAAGUUCUACGUUAAAGAAAAACAGUAUACGGGGAAACUUUAAAUAGCAAUUAUGCUCCUCUUUAAAACACCUACAAAAAACUUAGCAUAUGGUUUGGACUUUAAAGUAAAAUGAUUUGAUCCUUUUUUAAUCUAUUUAAUACUAGAAUAACCUACGCGCGCUGUACCUUGCAUGUAACGUUGUUAUAUUACGUAAUAUAAUAAACUUAUGUAAUUAUAAAAUUCAAAACAAGAUGUAUUUUACAAUAUUCAUUACACUGGCUGCUGAA